UUUAAGAUCUCAAAUCGAAAUAAGUUUUCGUAAAACUUAGGAAAUUUUGGAAAUAUCAUAUCUUAUGAAAUAUAUAUUGGUUACUGGAGGUGUUAUUAGUGGGAUAGGAAAGGGAGUUGUAGCUAGUAGUAUUGGAACUCUAUUAAGAUGCUAUGGUAUAAAAAUAACAUCUAUCAAAAUAGAUCCUUAUAUAAAUAUUGAUGCUGGUACAUUCUCACCAUAUGAGCAUGGAGAGGUAUUUGUAUUAAAUGAUGGAGGAGAGGUCGAUUUAGACUUGGGAAAUUAUGAGAGAUUUUUGGAUAUAACAUUAACUAGUGAUAAUAAUAUAACUACAGGUAAGAUAUAUCUGGAUGUUAUAACAAAUGAGCGUAAAGGAAAUUAUUUAGGCAAAACAGUGCAAGUUGUUCCUCACAUAACAAAUGCAAUACAAAUGUGGAUUGAAAAAGUAUCAAAAAUUCCUGUAGAUGAUAGUGAAACUGAGCCUGAAAUUUGCAUUAUAGAGUUAGGAGGCACUAUUGGUGAUAUUGAAAGCAUGCCAUUUGUUGAAGCUUUUAGACAAUUUCAAUUUAAAGUUGGAAAAGAUAAUUUUUGUGUUGUUCAUGUUAGUCUUGUACCUCAAUUAUCUAGUGGUGAACAAAAAACAAAACCCACACAAGCAAGUAUAAGAGAUCUAAGAGGUUUAGGAUUGACUCCAGAUUUUAUUGUGGCAAGGUGCAUUGAUAAAUUAAUGCCCUCAGUUAUUGACAAAAUUGCACAUUUUUGCCAUGUUAGCUCAGAUCAAGUGUUUGCUCUUCCAGACAUAUCAAAUAUAUAUCAAGUGCCAGUGAUAAUUCAUGAACAAAAUUUUAUCAAACAAUUAUUUAAUAAACUCUCUAUGUCUUCCUCAUUAUCUAAUUUGAACACCAAAUAUUUUUCAAAGUGGAAAUCUAUAGCAGAAAAAUUUGAUAGUGUCAAAGAAGAGGUAGUGAUAGCUCUUGUGGGUAAAUAUACACAGUUUGAAGAUUCUUACACGUCAGUUGUCAAAGCACUACAACAUGCUUCUAUCACAGCAAAUCAUAAAAUUAAAAUAAAAUUUAUAGAAUCCAUAAAAUUGGAAGAUGAAUUUAAACUGGAAAAUCUUGAAGAAUAUAACAAGGCUUGGAGUGUCCUAAAAGAUAGCCAAGGAUUAAUCGUCCCAGGUGGAUUUGGAGAUCGUGGUAUCACAGGUAAAAUAUUGGCUAUCAGAUGGGCCCGUAUCAAUAAAAAACCAUUUUUAGGCAUCUGCUUGGGCAUGCAAUUAGCUUUGGUAGAGAUAGCUCGAGAUGUCCUAAACCUUGAAGGAGCGAAUUCAUCCGAAUUCAUACAUUCGCCCAUUCCCAACGACGCCGAAGAACAUCAUAAUAACAAAUUUAAUCCCACAAAUUCCCCAACUUUAAAUAAAGAUAAGACUCCUAUAAUCAUCAUCAAAGAAAUGCCCGAGUACAACCCGCGAUUUAAAGGCGGAACUAUGAGAUUGGGCGUACGCACGACUAUUUUUAAAAAUACGUUUAGUUGUAAAGAAAACAGUUUAGGAUCGGAAAAGAUCCAUUAUGUUUCAGUGGUCAAAAAAUUAUACGGGGACGUUGAGAGUGUCGAGGAAAGGCAUAGGCAUAGAUACGAAUUUAAUACGGAAUACAGACAUAUUUUUGAGAAGAUCGGACUGCAUUUUAUAGGAGAAGAUGAAACUGGUGAACGCAUGGAAAUAAUCGAAUUAGAGGGGCACCCAUUCUUUGUCGGAACACAAUUCCAUCCCGAAUAUAAGACCCGACCACUUAAACCAAGCCCCGUGUAUUACGGUUUUAUACUCGCUUCUAUAGGCAAGUUAAAUUCUGUUCUCAAUUCUUCUCUAACUAAUCCUUCUCCGUUAUAUCGAUCAUUGGAUGAAGAAGUUCUUAUCUCUGAUAAGAGUGACAAAACAUCUACCCAAUUAUCAAACGAAUACUCUUUACUAAAUACCAAUAACAAUAACGAAAAUAAUAGAAAUUGUGAAAUUGAUUUGACAAAUGAUAUAUCUAAACUAAGUAUUGCGUGUGGAUAUAAAGAAGAAACUUUACAGAACAAUGACCUAAAAUUUAAAAUCGUAAACAAACCUCAAUCCGUGUGUCCCUUAGAUCUCACUCCUCAUAUCAACCUCAUGGCAUCCACUGAUAAUCUUAAAAGAAGCUUCAAUUUUCCCAGUAAUAUUAUGGAUAAUAACAAUGAUUUUAUGUUGCACCCACGUAUAGUUUUAGCCAAAGAGCGCAUGUUUAGUCCCGAAAAGAUACCAUUUAAUCCUGGUUAUAUGUCCAUGAAAAGUAGAAUUUGACGUUACAAGGCAAUAUUUUAAAGCACUGUUUCCCUUCGUUUAAUUUAACGCGAUGCAUGACAUUCAUUGUGAACAAAAUAAUAUAUUAAUUUAUGAUAAUAAUGAUUUAAACCCUGCCAAAACUGAGAAUACUUAUUUUCAUUUUUUUAAAUACGCUCGAUUAUCAAAAUUUAUAUAUACAUAGUAUAUGACCUUAUAUAUUAUAUUUAUGAUUUCUUUUGAUUGACCAUUUUAGGUUUUAAAUAAUAAAUUGUAGAACUUAAUAUAAUCAGACAAUACAUCUAAAAAUAUUCAAUAUGAUUUUGUAUUGCUAUUUUAAAAAUUUUAAUAAGGGUAAUAGAUGUUAAUUUAGACUACUAAUAUAAUUUUUUUAAAAGCAUUAUCAAUGACCUAGACAUUUUACCUUUUUUUGAAAAAAUUUAUAGACAUAACUUAAUUCAUUUAGAGAAAAAAAAUUUUUUUGCUCAAUAAACAUACAUAUAAAUUACUUUAUUUUAAUUUUUUUUUCAAAUUGUAAAAUU